UCGUGACGUCACACCCUCGGCGUGCAAGUCACACACUGAACUGAGAACAGCAGGAGUUGAGCUGCUGUUCAUACUAUAUUCAACAAUCACCAAUCCAGACAAAUCAUGGCGUUCGCGCUAAAAGAGCGUUUCGACAAGUUCCUCCGGGAGAAGAAUGUCAUGACGGACGUGCUGUCGAAGAUAGAGGCGAGGACUGGCGUGAACAGGUCCUACAUCGCUUUUGCUGUCAUCGCGCUCCUUGCAGUUUAUCUGGUGAUCGGAUACGGCGCUUCUCUUCUUUGCAAUCUCAUUGGAUUCGUCUAUCCUUCGUAUAUAUCAAUCAAAGCCAUCGAGAGCGACAAUAAAGAAGACGACACCAAGUGGCUGACCUACUGGGUGGUGUACGGUGUGUUCAGCGUCGCCGAGUUCUUCGCCGACAUCUUCUUCUCCUGGUUCCCCUUCUACUUCUUGGCAAAGUGUGUGUUCUUGGUCUGGUGCAUGGCUCCCACUCCCUCCAACGGCUCCGUUCUGCUCUACAAUAAUAUCAUCCACCCCUUCUUCUUUAAGCACAAAGACAAGAUUGACAAUGUGAUCAAAGACGUCAAGGAUAAAGCAUCAGAGGCUGCGGACAAGUUUAAAGAAGAAGCCAAGAAAGCCACUGCCAACCUUAUUUUUGAGGAGAAAAAGAAGUACUAAAAGCCACAGCCAUUUCAACUGGGA